AUGGCAUACGUUGAGCAAGAGGAGCAAAAGUUCUUGCGAGAUGUCGAGCAAGUCAAGAACUGGUGGAAAGAUUCAAGGUGGCGUUAUACCAAGCGCCCCUUUACAGCGGAGCAAAUCGUCGCCAAACGAGGCACCCUAACAAUCGACUACCCAUCAAAUGCACAGAGCAGGAAACUGUGGAAGAUCUUGGAGGAUAGAUUCGCGAAUAAAGAUGCUAGCUUCACUUAUGGUUGUCUUGAGCCAACCAUGCUCACACAGAUGGUGAAAUAUCUGGACACUGUGUAUGUGUCUGGAUGGCAGAGUUCCUCGACUGCUUCGUCGACAGACGAGCCUUCCCCCGACCUCGCGGAUUACCCAAUGAACACUGUUCCGAACAAGGUCAACCAGCUCUUCCUAGCUCAAUUAUUCCAUGACCGAAAACAGAGAGAGGAACGGCUGCGUGCUCCAAAGGAACAGCGCAAUAGCCUACCAAACAUUGAUUACCUUCGACCCAUUAUUGCUGAUGCAGAUACUGGUCAUGGUGGCCUGACCGCUGUCAUGAAACUUACAAAACUGUUCAUCGAGCGUGGAGCUGCUGGGAUUCAUAUCGAGGAUCAAGCCCCUGGAACAAAAAAGUGUGGACACAUGGCUGGAAAGGUCCUUGUUCCAAUCAGUGAACAUAUCAACCGCCUUGUUGCCAUCCGAGCGCAAGCUGAUAUCAUGGGAACCGACCUUUUGGCUAUUGCAAGAACAGACUCGGAAGCCGCAACCCUUAUCACCAGCACUAUCGACCCCCGUGACCACGCCUUCAUCGUUGGAUCUACUAACUCUAACAUAGAGCCUCUCAACGAUCUAAUGGUCGCCGCGGAACAGGCAGGCAAGAACGGCGUCGAACUUCAAAAGAUUGAAGACGAUUGGGUCAGCCAGGCCGGACUCAAACGCUUCCAAGAUGCAGCCAUUGACCAAAUAAAUGCCACGCCAUCCAUCUCUAAUAAGAAGGCCGUUAUUGACAAGUUCCUUACCGACAUAAAGGGAAAGAGCAAUACUGAAGCUCGUGCUAUUGCCAAGGAAUUAACUGGUAGCGAUAUCUACUGGAACUGGGAUUCGCCACGAACCAGAGAAGGAUUCUACAGAUACCAAGGCGGAUGCGAGUGUGCCGUCAACCGCGCCAUUGCAUAUGGCCCAUUCGCAGAUCUGAUUUGGAUGGAGAGCAAGCUUCCUGAUUAUGCGCAAGCCAAGGAGUUCGCUGAUGGAGUACAUGCCGUCUGGCCCGAACAAAAAUUGGCGUACAACCUCUCACCCUCUUUCAACUGGAAGACAGCUAUGCCCCGCGACGAGCAAGAGACCUACAUUCGUCGCCUCGGUGAGCUUGGCUACAGCUGGCAAUUUAUCACCCUUGCAGGUCUGCACACUACCGCCCUAAUAUCAGAUCAAUUCGCCAAGGCAUACGCUAAGCAAGGGAUGCGUGCAUACGGAGAGAUGGUCCAAGAGCCGGAGAUGGAUAACAAGGUCGACGUCGUUACCCACCAGAAAUGGAGUGGUGCAAACUAUGUGGAUGAAUUGUUAAAGAUGGUUACCGGUGGUAUUAGCAGCACAAGUGCAAUGGGCAAAGGGGUAACUGAGGACCAGUUCAAGUAG